AUGGGGUUUGGAACUAUACAGUUUCCAAUUCAAUCGUUUAAUGGAACUACAAGUUUCACUCUUUGGCAAAGAAGUGUGAAGGAUGUUCUAGUUCAACAAGGUUUGGCAAAAGCGUUGAAUGGAAAGAACAAGAAGCCAGAGAGCAUGAAGGAUGAUGAGUUUGAGGAGUUGGACGCAAGGUGUGAGAGCACGAUUCGACUCUAUGUGGCAGACAACAUCAUAAACAAUGUGAUAGAUGAGAAAGAUUCUACAGCAGACCUUUGGAAAAAAUUGGAAAAGCUUUAUCUGGCUAAAAGCUUGUCCAAUAAGUUGCAUUUAAAGCGACAACUUUAUGCACUAAAGAUGGAGGAGGGUGGCAGUCUCAUGUAUCACAUGAAUAUGUUCAACAGAAUUUUGGAUCAACUCCAAAAGGUUGGCGUGGAUAUUGAGGAAGAAGAUAAGACCCUUUUACUUCUUACCUCAAUCUCUGAUUCUUAUGAAAGUGUUGUGACGACCCUAUUGUAUGGGAAGGACACUUUAGAGUUCAAGAAUGUGGUUCAAAGGCCAAGAGAAAGGGUGGAAUCCAGUGCUUUGGUUGUCAUGAGUUUGGCCAUAUCAAUAGAUAUUGCCCUCAUCAAAACAAAAAAUGAUGAGAAUGACUAUGAUGGUGUUGUUGGAUAUGCAUCGGGUGGAGAUAUUUUCACAAUUUUCAAAGACUGGAAGAGCAGCCAACUUUUUGAGGUACUUUCUCUUGAUUUCUCCAAAUUUGUCGGUCUCGACGAAUUCAAGAAUGCCUACAGAUGCAAAGCUCUCAAGUUCCAUCCUGAUGCUUGCCCUCCAUCGGAAAAGGAAGAGUCCACAAGGCGAUUUCUUGAGCUGAGAAUGGCAUACGAGACACUGUCUGAUCCAAUUUCCCGAGAAUUGUACGAUGAUGAGCUUAGUUUGGUCGAUGUGGAUGGAAGAACAAGACAUGGGAUGAGUUGUUCCAUGGGAAAUAAGGUGUGGGAAAGGCAAAUCGCUGAACUGAACAAGCGAUCAAGACAAAAGAUGGAGAAGAGAAAGGAAAUGGGAAUGUGGAAUUAA